CAAUAUCCAUCACACAAACUAUCCAUCAAACCCUCAUUUCAUCACAAUGAUACUUCUAUUAUCCACAACUCUCCUUAUAAUCUUGAUUUUCUAUAUCUUCAACAAAACCAAACCUCGGGCACUAACCACUCUACCGCCUGGCCCGCCGCCGUUGCCGCUGAUAGGAAACUUGUUUCAGCUGGGCAGGGCGGCAGAGCCACACAUUUACCUCCACCGCCUCUCGAAGAAAUACGGCCCGAUCAUCCACAUGAAGCUAGCCACUAGACCUCUCCUAGUAAUAUCCUCGGCCAAAUUAGCCAAACAAGUACUGAAAAUCGAAGAUUUGACAUUUUGCAGUAGACCUAAUUUUCUAGGGCAGCAAAAACUAUCCUACAACAGCUCCGACGUUGCAUUCACACCGUACAAUGAACGUUGGAAGGAGAUACGAAAGAUGACACACAUUCAUCUAUUAAGCAACAGAAGAGUUCAAUCUUAUCGCUCUGUUCGCGAAGAGGAGAUCUCGCGCAUGAUCACGGUGAUCUCUUCUUCAACCACCGAAAAAGUGAAUUUGAGCGAGGUGGUCUUGUCCGCCGGCAUCCAUAUUCUAUCCCGGAUCACUUUUGGGAAGAGGUACGAGGAGGGAGGGUCGGGGGCGAAGGUAUUCCAUCAUAUUCUUCAUGGAUUUGAUGCGCUCGCAACGGCUUUCUUUGUGUCUGAUUACUUUCCCGCGUUUGGUUUGGUGGAUAAGAUGAGUGGGAGAGUGAAGAGAGCUGAUGUGGUGUGUAAGGAGAUGGAUUCGUUCUAUCAAGAGCUCAUCGACGAGCACCUCGAAUCGAAGAAGAUGGAGGAGGAAGAAGAUAUGCUUGCUGAGUUGAUGAAGCUUAAAAAUGAUGAUGAGUCUUCUAGUGGUCUCACUUGGGAUAACAUCAAAGCCCUUCUAAUGAAUAUGAUCGUUGCUGCAGCAGAAACAACUCCUUCUGCAGUUAUCUGGACAAUGACAGCUCUAAUCAAAGCACCCAAAGUUAUGGACAAACUGCAAAACGAAAUCAGAAGUUUGGUUGGAGAAAAGGGCAAAGUAGAAGAAGAUGAUUUGCCCAAACUUCCAUAUCUAAAAGCUGUUGUAAAUGAGAGUUUGAGGUUAUACCCACCAGUUCCACUUCUUAUACCAAGAGAAUCAAUGGAGACAAGCAUUCUAGAUGGCUACGAAAUCCAGCCGAAAACAAUGGUUUAUGUUAAUGCAUACGCUGCAGGGCGAGAUCCCGAGUGCUGGGAAAAUCCAGAUGAGUUCUUCCCGGAGAGAUUCUUGAAUAGUGGAAUAGACUACAAAGGGCAAGAUUUCGGGCUCAUACCUUUUGGGUCGGGUCGAAGAAUGUGCCCAGGCAUGUCGAUGGGAUAUUUGACAACUGAGCUUAUGGUUGCGAAUUUGGUGUAUAGUUUUGAUUGGGAAUUGCCUAAAGGAGUUCUUGCACAAGAUGUUGAUACAGAUGCAACAAAAGGACUUGCAGUGUGUAAGAAAAAUCCUCUUCUACUUGUGCCUAAAAUGGUUAGGGUUUAGUGUGUGUGUGUGUGUGUGUGGAUUUAUUUUGUU